AUGGAACGGCUGCCUCUGCCCAAUGCCGGUAAAGGACACGGCGACAGGAUGGGUGGGAACGCAGGGAACGCGGGCUCCCCGCACGGGCCUCCUCACCCCGAAGGGCACCCCCGACGCAAGAGGUACUGGCCGCCUCGCCGGCCUAAAAGCACCCCGGAGCUUGAAAGGAAGAAGCUGCAUCUCUGGCUCCCCCGGGGCCCGCCUGGGGGAGGGGCGGGAGGCGCGGAGGCGCAGAGCCGCCGCUUCCCGGCUGAGGGGCAGCAGCAGCUGAGAAGCGCCGCGGGGGAGGGAGGGACCCAGCCCUCGCCGCCCGCCAGGCCUCAGCCUGGGCCCGGGCCCCCUGCCCCGCCCGCCGCCCGCCCCGCGACGCGGCCGCGGCUGAGAGAAGGGAGAGGGCGUCUCGCGGAGGGCAGCCCCUGCCUCCGUCCCGGGAGAUGCCCCGGCCCCGCCUCCUCGCCCGCCGCCCCGGCCCGACCGCCCCGGCGGCGAACUCUCACCUCAGGCUGCGCAGGCCGGGACGGCCCGGCCGAGCCCCCGGCCGCUGUGUGCGUCUCCGCCCCCCGGGAAACGUCCCAACGGCGCCUGGUGCGAGCGGCCGAGGCCCGGAGCAGCGCCGAGAGCGGCAGCAGCGGGAGCAGCCAACAUCCGGGGCCGCGCACCCGGAACUACUUCCCGACCCGCUCCCCCUCCCGAUCGCCCGCCCCCGCCGCCACCACCCCCCGCCUCCCGCGACGUCGCUGCGCCACCGGCACGGCGUCGGCGGCGUCACGGCCCCUCCGCGGUCACGGCCGCGGCGACGCGCGCGGGAUCCCUCCGCUGGAACAAGUAGUGCCCGGGGACGGCGGCGACCCUGCUUCCACGCAGCGGUAUCAGUCAGCCGCCAGCAGCUCCGUGCGACUUGGAGAGGCGGGUAUCUCUGCCCCUCAGAGAGGCGGCCGGGGAGUCAGGGCAGCGGGGUCGACUCUUUAG